CGAGCUCCACGUUGUCUCCAUCGCUAUUCCAACCUCAAAGACUUAAAUUUCCAAUCACGAAUCCUGGGGAUUGGGUGGUUGGUUAUAAAUCCUUUCUUGCAUUGCAUAAUCGGUAAGGGUUGAGGGUCAGUUAUUGCUGAUUAAUGCAGCCCAUUUGUCAUCGACACUAUAGUCCUGCCUGCCAACACCCUUGGUUACCUACAUAGGCCAUAUGUCUCGAAAUUCUAUAUAUACCGGCUCUGUGCGACUAUUGUCGUAAUACAGAAUAGUCACAGGCAGAUUAAACUUCUCAGCCCUAUAGACACUUACCUUAUUCAUCCUCAAGGCUGAUUAGAACGCCAUAUUACCGAGAACGAUGUCAUCGCCAGCUCACCUACCAGCCCCCAGGCGCAUCACCGCCUCGAACCUCCCCCUUGCCGAAUCGAGUACCGCAAAAGCGCAUUCGGAACCCGGCGUAGAGGUCCUCGUGGACAGCCUCCCUCCCGAUCCUAUCAUGGGAGGUGUCUUGAUGAGAGCGCGAGUGGCAUCUAGCAAGAGAGUACCGACUAGCAACGACGGACAUGGCAAUCUAGCACUCGAUGAUGUGCCCGGCAUGGGAAUCGUGUUGCCAGGGGGUCUGAACAUGUACUACCUCGACAUCGCCCCAAACUCGGAGGGUGUGAUGCACCGUACGACGUCUACCGAUUAUCUCGUCGUGCUGAACGGGACCCUGAGCCUCUUGACCCCAGCCAAGCCGUUUGACGUAAUCGACGGAAAACCCACUUAUGGCGAGCCCGUCGAGACGCUUUGCAACCCGGGGGACGUUGUACUCCAGCGAGGAAUCGCGCAUGCCCUAUCGAAUCGUAGUAGCGAAUGGGUUCGUGUGAUGGCCAUCGUGCUGGCUUCGGAACCCAAUCGUGUACCGGUUACGGGAUCGGGUCCCGCAGGGCAGUCGGAAACUUCUGCGGCGUUAGACGACAUAUGGCUUCAAUAAGCGAGCUAGCUUACAACGCUGCUGCGGAAGUCGUCUAUCCUGCGCUCAUCAUAUACGCAUUUUUGUACAGUGUAACCAACAGAGUUACCUAACGCGUUUAUCUUCGGUUAUAC